AUAGUUCCGGUUUAUUUUCUAUAAGGAAGUUGCCGGUUCAAAACAAAUAUUAGCUCGUCGUUUGAACAUUUUGCAAGUUUCAGCGAGUCGUUCCAGUUUAUAAAUCUCAGAGGUGUUGACACUGUUAACAUCAUCUUGGGUAUCCAUGGAGACGCCAGAGCAAGGCCCAGCAGAUGGAGAGGAACGUCCAGUAGAGCUGCGGCCACGAACACGCUCCAACCCUGAGGGUGCUGAGGACCGUCGCAGUAGCACAGGCAGUCUUGGAGGAAAUGGAAACCAAAGCAUAUCUCAGCCUGCCGUGGGAAGUCGUGUGGAGGGAGAGGGUGAGGCUUCAACCAGUGACAGUCUUCCAAGCUCCACCACCAGUGCUGUCUCAGCGGCUGCAGCUCAGGUUAUAGCUCCUGCUGCUGCUGCUGCUGCUACUGCUGCAGGUGUGGCGGCUGCACCCAGUGCCACAGUACAACUGUCUGCUGCUGCUGUGUCUACCAAAGAGAGGCCAAAGCCCUCACAGCAACAGCCUGCACUCACAACAUCCGUCCCUCCACCAGCCGAGUACCAGCUCAGAGUUCCACGGGUCAACUGUCCAGAAAAAGUGAUUAUCUGCUUGGACCUCUCUGAAGAAAUGUCCCUGCCAAAGUUAGAGUCUUUUAAUGGAUCUAAAACAAAUGCUCUGAACAUAUCCCAGAAGAUGAUUGAAAUGUUUGUGAGAACAAAACACAAAAUUGACAAACGGCAUGAGUUUGCUCUGGUUGUCGUCAAUGAUGAUGCCCUGUGGCUUUCAGGCUUCACAUCUGAUCCCAGGGAGCUGUGCAGCUGUUUGUAUGAUUUGGAGACCAAUGUGUGCGAGUCUUUCAAUCUGGAAGAUCUUCUUAAUGUCAUUCGUCAGAAGAUCGAGCUGCCGUUGAUGGAGAAUGUUCAGACCGUUCCACCUCCAUAUGUGGUGCGGACUGUGCUGAUCUACAGCCGUCAUGCAGGGCCACUACAGUUUAACCCUUCCGAGGCUGUUAGUAAAAUGCUGCAAUCUCCUUAUUUUUUCUUUGACGUGGUCUAUUUACACAAUGGGGUCGAUGAGCAAGGGGAUGAAACCAGCUGGAGGGACAACUACACUUCUUUCUGUAACCUGGACUCAAAGGGUAUGUGCUAUCGUUAUGAGGUUUCCCUCAGCGGACCUGCCAUUGAACUGCACAACUGCAUGGCCAAACUGCUGGCUCACCCCUUACAGAGACCUUUCCAGAGCCAUGCAUCUUACAGCCUGCUGGAGGGGGACGACCCCCAGGACGCUGAAGCAACAGUUUAAAAAGGGACAUAACCAAAAAGAUCUGGUUUUGAUUAGUUUUUUUUUAUACACACAUUAUUAUUCUCUGAUAUAAUUCAUGAAAAAAUUUGGGUUCUAAAACAAUAGAGGGUUUGGGUAAGUUGUCGUGAGGCAUUGAUUGUUCUGAACUGGAAGAUGGAAAAUGACUUGAUCUGUCUUUAUAAUGAAGGACUGGAUUUCUUAGAGCUCUGAGAUGAAUGAAACUGACAAAUAAUAAAAAAUGAAGAUGUAGUUGUUUAACACAAAGCUGUGCCAAGCUUACUCCCAUGUUUGCUUCCUAUCCCUUUUAGCUCAUAGACCUCACUGAUCUGGCUGCACGUCUUAAAGGAGGAAAUCAAACAAGUCAUACAUGCUGGAUUUUUCUGUUAUGGGCUUUUUAAUAAAGUGACAUAAAAGAAACUUUAUGUUAAUGUAUCAUAAACAUAACUUUGAUCUUAUAUGUAAUAAUGCCUUUCCUUUCUGUUGGGAAUUUCUACCUUUGCCUCUUUUUUUUUUGUUGUCUUUACUCAUUUGUCACUUAUGUCACAUAGACAAUGAAUGAGCGUGUAAUUGUGUAGAUGUAGCUUAAUUGGAGGUUUUUCUUAGUGGAUUAAUUGAUCGUGCUGCCAGUCUAACUGCACUUGGAACUCAUUGUACAGGCAAGCUUUUUUAAAGUUGUUUCUGGGUAUUAAAAAGACAUGUUUAAUCAU